UGUCGGCGCAGGAUAUUGCACUCGCAAUGACGACGCUCAAGGACACAGCCACCACACUGAUGUUCCACGCCGAAAUGGUUCCUCCCAUCACCGCCUCAGUAGGCGACGCGGUCCAGCAGUCGGAACCCCCGCUCCGGCCUAGUGGAGAGCUCGACAGCUACAGCACCUUCCUCGACUCGCGCCCUCCGGCGUUCGAGACCUACGCCGUCGAGGAGAUCCUAUCCAUGGCCAACCUCGCGCCGAAACUCCACCUGCACAUCGUCCACCUCUCGGCCACAGAAUGCAUUCCGCUCCUGCGCAACGCGCGCAGAAGCGGCGUCAACAUCACGGCCGAGACGUGCUUUCACUACUUAGGCCUCGCGUCCGACGACAUACCCGAUGGCGACACCAGGCACAAGUGCUGCCCGCCCAUCCGGUCGCAGACGAACCAGGACCGGCUGUGGGACGAGAUUGCCAACCCCGACGGCUGCAUCAAGACCAUCGUGUCGGACCACUCCCCCUGCACCCCGGAGCUCAAGCUGCUACCGCCUCAUCUCCAAACCGUGUACCGGGAAGGACCCCGGCCGGGCAUGCACCACUUUGACUCGGGUAUCGACGUAACAAUGCCGAAGAAGGAGGAGGAGCAGCUGCUGCAGCUGCAGAAGAAGAACGCGACGACAGAGGAAGAUGCCGUGGAUCUAAUCAACCCUGACGCCGCCUCCCCCGCGCUGCCGCCAUUCAGGAAAGAACAAGGCGAUUUCUUCGCCGCUUGGGGCGGCAUCUCGUCGGUCGGGCUGGGCCUGCCGAUCCUGCACACGACGGCGUCGCAGCGGGCCGCGCGCGGGGACGCGGCGCCGUCCAUCGUCGACAUCGUUCGAAUGUGCUGCCAGGCCACGGCGAAGCAGGUCGGGCUGGCGCAUCGCAAGGGCGGGCUACGGGUCGGCAUGGACGCCGACAUCUGCGUGUUUGACGACGACGACGUCUGGACGCUGCGGGCGGCCGAGAUGCGUUGGAAGAACCGCUGCUCGCCCUGGGAGGGCCACACGUUCCGCGGCCGGGUCCACGAGACGUGGGUGAGGGGCCAGAGGGUGUUCCAAAUCGGCGGGGAGAAUGCCGGGUUUGUGGGUGGUAAGCCCAUUGGGCAGCCGAUCGUUGAGCGACGGACUGCGUGACGUUCGUUGAUGAGCCGGUACGGAUAGUCAAGUUUGCGUUUUGCUUGUUGAGCGGGCGAAGCGCAAAUUGCAGCUGGCGGGUUUGAGAUUCUUCAGCGAAUACCCGGAAUGAUUUCUUAGAGGAAUGACUUAUGAGGGAUGAAUUGCUGCCUUACUAGAUAACUAGAUCCAGAUACUUCUAAUAUUAC